AUUAGCUGUGUUUCGAUUUCACAGCUGCUGUGUGUACUCUCACUCUCGCUUCGUAUUUUCCCGCGAAUGUACGGCCUUCAACCGCGCUUUGGCGGCGGCCCUCGGCAAGCGCCGCCGCAUCCCUCUAAUGUCCCAAACCCUAACAUAUACUUAUUUCAACCACCGCACUCUUUCUCUCCCCAAAACUUUCAACCUCCAAAUUGGCCUCCUCAGCAGCAGCAUCACUCCCCAAACCCUAAACUCGCAAUCGACAGAGCUGACCGUGCCGCCGCUAACGCCUGCCACGACCUUCUCGCAGCCGGCGAAUCCGUGUCCGCAUGGAAGGUCUCCCAGAACGCUCUUUUAACGCUGCAGGUUGAUUCAUGGAACUCUUUGGGCAUCAAAAUGCAGCAAGUUCCAUCACUUCACCGCCUGAUGAUCACCGAAGGGAAGGUGAAUGCUUUUGUCCAUUGUUUUGUUGGGGUUCGGAGGAUCACUUCCGUAUAUGAUUUGGAAGUGGCUAUCUGCAAGAAUGAGGGUAUUGAUAGCUUUGAAGAGCUCGGAUUGGGACCUCUGUUGCGACACCCUUUGGUUAUUCAUUACUUUUCCCUUCGCUCCGAUGUACCCCAAGUGUUUAAGAUAACCAGUGAGGAGAUCAUUCAGUUAUUAAGCCACUUUUUAGAUGCUUCUAAGAUUAAUGAAGUCAUCAAGGUUGAACACUUUUUGGAUUUUGUUGCCAAGAACCGGUCGGUUAAAUGCAAGGAGUGGCUCGGGAUUCGAAUACAGAACUUGGGAAUGUACAUAUCUGCCAUACGAGAAGCUAGAAAUUUAGAGCAAUCAACAUUAGAGAAGUGCUUGAAGACAUUAAAAAUGAAAAAUGAGAAAUUCAGGAAGUGUCCCAUUUCUUACUCGCAAAAAAAGCAGUUAGAUGAACGUUUUAAUGCCAUUACUCAGCGUGUUGAGUCUUUUUCUCCAGUAAAAAAGUCAUUUUGCGGACAACAUAUAAGAUUUAUAUCAUCAAGUUCAGAAGAUGAAGAUAGUGAUAAUUCUACAGAUGAUGAAAAUAAUAACAUUGUUAUGGGCAGCUGGUCAAAUCCAUCAUCACAAUUUGCCAAAAGUUCAGAACGAGUGAGUAGCUGUCCUUACCCAUCUGCAACUGAAGAGAUGGCACGACUCGGGGUUAGGGGUGAUAUGCAAGGAAACUCACUUAGGAACCUUAAAAAAGAAUUUAAUGAGCCACCUAGGAAAAAAAGAAAAUCUGAAAAUGUAACUUCUACAAAAUCUGCUCCUUCUAAAUUGCUUAAGAAAAACAAAUUUCAAGUUGUUGCUGCCCCAAAGGAGAAUGGUAACACAUCCAAGGUAUCAAUCAAUAUGUGCGAAGAUCUUUCCAUUACUAACGAGUCUUUGCAGAUGUUUGUCACAACCUGGAAGGAGGCAUGUUCGGAGUACAAGGUUGAUGAGGUUUUGGAGAGGAUGCUUCAAUUCUAUGAAGUAAAACCCCGGCGACAGAGGAAAGUCAGAAUGAUGCUCUCAUCAUAUCCUUUCAUUGGGUUACUGAAUGCUGCUGUGUCAUCUAUCAAAUCUGGAAUGUGGAACAGCAUCUAUGAUACCUUCCAAGCUAUCAACAACACUGAAUUAACUCACUCACCAACUAAGAGUUCUGAAUAUAAGAUUAUAGAUGUUGGACCUAACUUGGAAAAUGUACCAAACAUAACAAAGGAUAACGCAGAGAAUACAAAGUGUAUUUCUUCUUCUGAUGUCAUCAGAAAGAUUGGAACCUAUUUUGACCUUGAUAAUGAAAUAUAUAGAAGCAGUAAUUCAUUGGUGCAAGAUAGACUUAUGUUUUUGAGGAAGUUUUGCAACUGUGAAACUUGGGUGGCUGAGCAGUUUGGUAAGAAAAACUUUGAUUCUCUUGGUUAUGGGGAUUUCUCGUCAUUCAUUGAGAAGUGUGUUAACCAGUUGCCUCAUGAACUGCUGAAAUUGUUGGUUGGUAGCACGUGUGAAAAUUCCUCUUUUAAGGCCUGCAUAUCCUCUUAUCAAUUGAAUGUUCUAAUAUCUCAGGCUCUUAGUAGUUUGUGGGAGAAUGAAACAGUAACCAAGCAGAUGAUAUCCACGCUGCUUAUGAGGCAGUUCCCUUCAAUUAGUUUUGAAGUUGUGGAAAAUGGGUCUCUUGAGGAUCUGCUGGAUACUGUUUGGGGGCAUAAAUCUAGCAUGACUUCUAAGUGUGUUGUAUUUUCUUCAACUAUUAUAGAAAAGAGCAAUCAUGGAGAUUUGUUAGGUGACGGAGAUAACAGUUUGUCUGAAAUCAUCAUUGAUAGGUCUGAUAUGAGCCAGAAAACAAGAAGCUCUGAAACUGUUAUAGCAAAAAAUGCAAUUGCAGUCUUACUUAAGUCACCGAUGUUGUCUGACUUGAGGAAAUGCAAUUCAACAAGAGGCAGCUUCUGGCUGAAAAAUUAA